AUGAAGAGACAAGUUACCUCUGGAACCCUGCUCCUCAGGUGUUGGUACCCGGCGCUGCCCUUGGGGGACGUGGACUGUUUCCCGCAGUCGGACUUCGGCUUCCUGGGCUCCCAGAGGGCCGCUUGUUGGGAGCGGGGCGGCGUGGGGCCGGGGGCAGAUGUAUCCCACACCUGGUCUUCCUGCCUCUGCCACAGUCUCAUCAGUUUCCUGGGGUUUUUGCUGCUGCUGGUCACCUUCCCCGUUUCUAGCUGGUUUGCCUGGAGAAUUGUGCCCACCUAUGAUCAGAUGAUCGUGUUUCUAUUGGGCUGGAUCCGUACCCCUCAAGAGCCUGGCAUGGUUUUCCUCCUGCUCAUUGACUUCUUUCAGAGGGUGGAUCUGAGGACAUGAGCUUUCAAUGUCCCUCCCUGCAAGGUGAGGGAAUGGGGCGUGCUGUCUGUGGGGGCCAAUGUCCAGUUUAGGGCUCCAGUAUUGUCAGUGAUGACUGUGAAGGACCUGAACACAGCCAUAGCCCAGAGUGCCAUGACCAAGGCCCUGCUCAAGAGGCCUCUGCAGGCAAUCCAGAUGGAAAAGCUCAAGAUCAGCAACCAGCUCUUGUUAAAGCUCAACAACGUGACCAGGGCCCGGGGGCUUGAGGUGGACCACGUGGAGCUGGCAGUGGAGGCUGUGCUACGGCCACCACAGGACAGUCCGGCUGGGCAGCUGGCUCUCCAUUUCCUGGGGAGGGGCGUUUACUCACUGGCAAGAGGUACCCUGCCCCCGGGGCCAGACAUCUUGGAGAUGGUGAGCAGAGUUGAGUUGCCUGCCCCUCACGUUGGUGCUAGGCCCAGCUUGAAGAAGCCGGCCGAGGGACUGCUGACUACUCUGCAGCCCCACCUGGUCAGCCAAGUUCGGGCCUGCUACCAGUUCAGUGUGGUCCUUCCCAGUGACACCCAGAGCAUCUACUCCCUGGACCUAACUAUACGUCUGAAGGGCAACCUAGCAAUGGCCAUGAAACUGGAGGCUGUUCUUAGGGCCCUGAAGUAG